GGGGGCGGGGCCAGGUGCGCGGCGCAGGGCCGGGCAGCGGAGGCGCCAAUGAGCGUGCGCCGCGUCCGGGGCCGGCUGGUGCGCGAGACGCCGCUGAGAGGGUCACAAUGGCAGCCACAGUAAGAAGGCAGAGGCCAAGGAGGCUACUCUGUUGGGCCUUGGUGGCUAUCCUCUUGGCAGACCUGUUGGCACUGAGCGACACAUUGGCUGUCAUGUCUGUAGACCUGGGCAGUGAAUCUAUGAAGGUGGCCAUUGUCAAGCCCGGAGUGCCCAUGGAGAUUGUAUUGAACAAGGAAUCUCGGAGGAAAACUCCCGUGACUGUGACCUUGAAAGAAAAUGAAAGGUUUUUAGGUGAUAGUGCAGCCGGCAUGGCCAUCAAGAACCCAAAGGCUACGCUCCGUUAUUUCCAACACCUCCUUGGAAAACAGGCGGACAAUCCUCACGUGGCCCUUUAUCGGUCCCGUUUCCCAGAACAUGAGCUAAACGUUGACCCACAGAGGCAGACUGUGCGCUUCCAGAUCAGUCCGCAGCUGCAGUUCUCUCCUGAGGAGGUGCUGGGCAUGGUUCUGAACUACUCCCGUUCAUUGGCUGAAGAUUUUGCAGAACAACCCAUUAAGGAUGCAGUGAUCACCGUGCCAGCCUUUUUCAACCAGGCUGAGCGCCGAGCUGUGCUGCAGGCUGCUCGCAUGGCUGGCCUCAAGGUGCUGCAGCUCAUCAAUGACAACACCGCCACAGCCCUCAGCUAUGGCGUCUUCCGCCGCAAAGAUAUCAAUUCCACUGCACAGAAUGUCAUGUUCUAUGACAUGGGCUCAGGCAGCACUGUGUGCACCAUCGUGACCUACCAAACGGUGAAGACUAAGGAGGCUGGGAUGCAACCACAGCUGCAGAUCCGGGGUGUGGGAUUUGACCGCACCCUGGGUGGCCUGGAGAUGGAGCUCCGGCUUCGAGAACACCUGGCUAAGCUCUUCAAUGAACAGCGCAAAGGCCAGAAAGCCAAGGAUGUUCGGGAAAACCCCCGUGCCAUGGCCAAACUGCUUCGGGAAGCCAAUCGGCUUAAAACCGUCCUGAGUGCCAAUGCUGAUCACAUGGCACAGAUUGAGGGCUUGAUGGAUGAUGUGGACUUCAAGGCAAAAGUAACUCGAGUGGAGUUUGAGGAGCUGUGUGCAGAUUUGUUUGAUCGAGUGCCUGGGCCUGUGCAGCAGGCCCUGCAGAGUGCAGAGAUGAGCUUGGAUCAGAUUGAGCAGGUGAUCCUGGUGGGUGGGGCCACUCGUGUUCCCAAGGUUCAAGAGGUGCUGCUGAAGGCUGUGGGCAAGGAGGAACUCGGAAAGAACAUCAAUGCAGAUGAAGCAGCUGCCAUGGGGGCUGUGUACCAGGCAGCGGCACUCAGCAAGGCCUUCAAAGUGAAGCCAUUUGUUGUGCGUGAUGCUGUCAUUUACCCCAUCCUGGUGGAGUUCACAAGGGAGGUGGAGGAGGAGCCUGGGCUCCGAAGCCUGAAGCACAAUAAGCGUGUGCUCUUCUCCCGAAUGGGGCCCUACCCUCAGCGCAAAGUCAUCACCUUUAACCGCUACAGCCAUGAUUUCAACUUCCACAUCAACUACGGUGACCUGGGCUUCCUGGGGCCUGAGGAUCUUCGGGUAUUUGGCUCCCAGAACCUGACCACAGUGAAACUAAAAGGUGUGGGAGAGAGCUUCAAGAAAUAUCCCGACUAUGAGUCCAAAGGCAUCAAGGCCCACUUUAACCUGGAUGAGAGCGGGGUGCUCAGUUUAGACAGGGUGGAGUCCGUAUUUGAGACCCUGGUGGAGGCCAGCCCAGAGGAAGAAUCUACUCUUACCAAGCUUGGCAACACCAUUUCCAGCCUGUUUGGUGGUGGUACUUCAUCAGAUGCCAAAGAGAAUGGCACUGAUGCUGUACAGGAGGAAGAGGAGAGCCCUGCUGAGGGGAGCAAAGACGAGCCUGCAGAGCAGGGGGAGCUCAAGGAGGAGGCUGCGGCCCCGGCAGAGGAGACCCCUCAGCCUCCACCCUCUGAGCCCAAAGGGGAUGCAGCCCGUGAGGGAGAAAAACCUGAGGAAAAAGACGGUGGUGACAAGUCUGAGGCCCAGAAGCCCAAUGAGAAAGGGCAGGCAGGGCCUGAGGGUGCCUCUCCAGCUCCUGAGCAAGAAAAAAAGCAGAAACCUGCCCGGAAGCAGAAAAUGGUGGAGGAAAUAGGUGUGGAGCUGUCUGUCUUGGACCUGCCAGACCUGCCAGAGGGUGAGCUGGCCCGUUCUGUGCAGAAACUUGAGGACUUGACCCUGCGAGACCUGGAAAAGCAGGAAAGAGAGAAAGCUGCCAACAGCUUGGAAGCUUUUAUCUUUGAGACUCAGGACAAGCUAUACCAACCUGAGUACCAGGAAGUGUCCACUGAGGAACAACGGGAGGAGAUCUCUGGGAAACUCAGUGCCACUUCUACCUGGCUGGAGGAUGAGGGAUUUGGAGCAACCACUGUGAUGCUGAAGGACAAGCUGGCCGAGCUGAGAAAGCUGUGCCAGGGGCUGUUUUUUCGGGUGGAAGAGCGUAAGAAGUGGCCAGAGCGGCUUUCAGCGCUGGAUAAUCUCCUCAACCACUCCAGCAUUUUCCUCAAGGGUGCCCGGCUCAUCCCAGAGAUGGACCAGAUCUUCACUGAGGUGGAGAUGACAACGUUAGAGAAAGUCAUCAAUGACACCUGGGCCUGGAAGAAUGCAACUCUGGCCGAGCAGGCCAAGCUUCCUGCCACAGAGAAGCCUGUGCUGCUUUCAAAAGACAUUGAGGCCAAAAUGAUGGCCCUGGACCGUGAGGUCCAGUAUCUACUCAAUAAGGCCAAGUUUACCAAACCCCGGCCACGGCCCAAGGACAAGAAUGGCACCCGGACAGAACCUCCCCUCAAUGCCAGUGCUGGUGACCAAGAGGAAAAGGUCAUUCCACCUGCAGGCCAGACUGAAGAAGCGAAGCCCAUUUUAGAACCUGACAAAGAAGAGACUGGUACGGAAGCAGCAGACUCUGAGCCUCUGGAAUUGGGAGGUCCUGGAGCUGAAUCUGAGCAGGAAGAGCAGGCGGCAGGACAGAAGCGGCCUUUGAAGAACGAUGAACUAUAACCCCAGCUCCUGCUUCCCCCUUGCCUCCAGCCCCUUCUCCUACCACCUCUAUUUAUUAUACAUCAGGGUUGGAGUGGGGGUUGGUGCCGUCACGGGCUCAAGUUCCUUCUCAGCUGGGACAGGAGGUGGCUGUUCAACAUCCUGGAGUAACUCCAAUGCCGGCUCUGGUCCUGUGCCCAGCCCCACCCUCGGGUCUCCUACUCUCUGGCCCUGUGUUUGGGGAAAAUCACUAUUAUGUCUUAAUUCUUUGCCUGUGGGUAAGUGAGAGAAUGGCUGCCAGUGGUUGUUGGAGACCUGGUAAUGGGAAGGAUGUCAUGGGUCACUGGAGAGUGGCCAGUCUUCUCAGCAUCCUUUCUUUCAUCUUUUCCUCUUCCACAAAAUCAGUGUCCUGUUUGGGCCAGUGUCUGCAGAGCCUCAGCCCCACUUGGUUUCUGAGUGCCUCUUUUCUCUUCGGCGUCUUCUAGCCCCUUCCCCUUCCUCCUUGGCUCUUCUGUCCUUGCUUUCCCUGUGCAGACUGGGCUAUGGUUUUCUUGCCCAAAGCCUUUCAUCUGGACUGUCUAUAGAGUAAAUAUGUUCUCAUGGUUCCUGCAAUCCCUGGUGGCUGGAGCAAGCAGGAAGCAAGCAAGAAGGGAAAGCCCUGUAGCCACGUCUGGGUUGGGCCCAGAACAGUACUAGUCAGAGAGUGGCUGACAAGGGUGCAAGUAUACUGCAGGCACUCGGCAUCCUUGCCAUCCCCAGUUCCUGUGACACCUACCCCUUCAUGCUCUUUCCUUCUUCCCCCUGGGCUGACCAAAAAUGUGCUAUCUACUGUGAGCCCCUUUCUCAAGACCCUGGGGGACAGAGAGACCAUGGUGUGAAUGUAAAAAUGCCACCUCGCUCUCAGGCAAGCUUUGUGGGUAAAGAAUAGGGGUCAGGGUUCAACUUGACAGUGUACUUUGCUAGGAAGGAGAGCCCCUUGCCCACUAGACAUGCCUAGAGUGCCUGUCCUCCAGUAUUGCACUUGUAGCUGGAGCUAGGGCCACUCCAGUGCAGGUGCAAAGCAAACCUGAUAUGUCAGUUUGUGUUUUCUAUCCCCCACCCUCACACCCCCCCUUUUUUUUUUUUUUUUUUUUUUUUUUUUUUUUUUUUUUUUUUUUUUUUUUUUGCCACAUUGGCAGAGGGACCUGAAGGUCCUACAAAGUCCCCUCCUGUGUGUUUGAGUUCUUUCAUUAGCAGUUCAGGCUGGUUGGACAGGUUUGAAUCGGAUUGUACUUUGUUCCAUUGUUAAUUGAGAAACUGUUUCAAUAAAAUAUUCUUUUCUAUAGGUUUU